CCGUCAUCUUAAAAAACAUGAAAAAGGAGAGCUUGAUAUUGCUGAAGCAUUCUCGUUUCCUAAGAAAUCAAAAGAGAGAAAAAGACUACUUGAGAAGUUGCGGAACAGAGGUAAUUGCGAACACAACCAGGAAGUUUUGAGGAAUCAUGAAGGACAACUGAAAUUAAGAAGAAGACCAUCACGAUCAAAAAUCUCUGUGACAACCCAAACGCAUGUGCACUGUGCAUAUUGUAAGGGCAUGUUCAUUCGUAAGGAGCUGUGGCGCCACUUGCGUAGAUGCCCAUCAAAGACGGUCUCCGAGAGUGAGGCUGUUGGGAAGAAUAGAGUCUUAGUUGUGGCUGAUAUCUCGGAGACAACAUUCUGCCAAGCAAUUUGCGCUGGACUGUGGAAAAUCCUUAGAAAUAUGAGGCAAGAUGAGAUUGCAUCUGUUGUACGAAAUGACUUCCUCAUUCUGCAACUGGGCCAGUCUCUCUUCAACAAGCAUGGGAGUCAUUCAACAAAGUUUGAGUAUAUCAGAGCCAAGGUCCGAGAAAUGGGCAGACUGUUGUUGACCUUAAGAAAGAAAUAUUCUAUAUUUAGCUUUGAAGAAGCUGUAAAGCCAAAUCAUUUUUACAAGAUCAUUGGAGCUGUCAGAGCAGUUGCAGGAUAUGAUGAAGAGAAACACUUCUAUUGCACACCAAGCCUUGCCCUGAAAUUGGGACACUCGCUCAAGAAGAUCGGUGACAUUAUUCUCUGCAGGGCCAUCGCAGCAGAGGAUGAAGAUUUGAUUAAAGCAGCAGAACGAUUCACACAACUCUGCACAAAACAGUGGGCAACACAGGUCUCCCACACUGCACUGGCUACUUUGAGCAAGGCAAAAUUUAACAAACCAUCCACCAUACCAUUCACAGAGGAUGUGCAGCUCUUGCACAAGUACCUGGAGGACAAAUCAGCAGACGCCAUUGAAAACCUAAAAGACCAUGAUUCUCCACAGGCGUAUGCUGAACUUGCUAGAUAAUCGUCUUUAAUAGACGCCGUGCAGGAGAAGUCUCAAAAAUGACACUUGAGUCCUUCAAAAAAAGAGACCAGACUGAGCUCCAUAGUGACAUAGCUGCUAGCUUGUCACCGUUUGAACAAAAGCUAGCCCAGCACUUCAGCAGGGUUGAAAUUAUGGGCAAAAGAGGGAGGAAAGUUGCUGUUCUAUUAAACCCGGAAGUUGUCAGUGCAACAACACUUCUAUCACACAAAAGAGACGCAUGUAACGUCCAUAAGGAUAACCCCUUCCUCUUUGGACGUCCACAGUGCCCACCCACGAGCUACUACAGGGGACAGGACUGCAUACGAAUCUUUGCACACGCGUGUGGUGCAAAGAAUCCUGAUAAUCUGAGGUCUACGCAACUUCGCAAGCACAUUGCAACAUUGUCCCAAAUUCUCAAUCUCAAAAAUAAUGAGCUGGACCAACUUGCCAAUUUCUUGGGCCACGACAUUCGGGUCCACAGAGACUUUUAUCGUCUUCCGGAGGCAACUAUAGAAAUGGCAAAAAUCACAAAGCUUCUACUUGCAAUGGAAAAAGGAACUCUUGCAAAAUUCCAGGGAAUGUCUCUUGACGAGAUUGAGGUUGAAGCUGAAUUGGACCCAGAGCUGGAAGAUGGAGAUGAUGAAGGCGAUGGAGACGACGAAGGCGACGACGACGGAGGCUGCGAAGGUGACGACGGAGGCUGCGGAGGUGACGACGGAGGCGGCGGAGGCUGCGAAGUUGACGACGGAGGUGACGACGGAGGUGAUGACAGAGGCGGCGGAGGCGACGACGGAGGCGGUGGUGAAGAGUCAGAUUGUCCCCUUGGACUAAGAGAAAAUCAAGAAAUGAAGAUGCCUGAAGAGCCCACCAGCUCCUCAGGGAAAAGAAAAAGUAUGGAAUUGACCCAGGGUGAGGCCAAGAGUUACAAAGGGGGAAACAAACUGUGUGCGACCCAGAGUGUGGCAUCCAGCUCCAAAGAAUUCAAAUCAAGAAGAUGUGUGAAAAGGCCAUGGAGCAAGACUGAAGUUGGUGCUGUCAUGAAACAUUUUAAGACACACAUUUCAAAGGGACACUUGGCAACUAAGUUAGAGUGUGAGCGGUGUAAGGUUUCUGAGCACCCUGUUUUGAGCGACAGAAAUAUAAGAGACUUUGUUAGGAACAGGGGCCUUAUGUUUAAAAGAAAGGUCUAACUUGUUUUAUUUUUUUACAUAUGUUUCAAAGGUUCCUCAGAGCAUUAUUACGUGUUUGUGUUAGUUCAUGUUAGUUCAUAGUUCAUAGUUCAUAGUUCAUAGUUCAGGGCUAUUCAACCUCCUUAACAAGUGGGCCGAAAAGGAAAACCACUGGGGGUUCAUGGGCCACACAGAGUAGAACGAUGUCAAUGAAUCGCUGCAAAUAAAUCGUACUUAAAGUAGUGUUAACUUAAUAUAUAUAGUACUACUACAUGGAAUAAACUUGUCAGACGCAUUCCUUCCUUCUUCACUUUUAAUCGUAUCAUUAGAAAAUAUUUUGUUCUCACAUAUUUUGGACACGUAUUUAGAAUUCAACAAUGUUGUUUGAAUCAUCACAAAACAGAACUACUGUACA